CCCCCAACACAUCCUUCUCCUAUUUCAAUGAUUUCUGUAUCCUUACUUUUCCAGACAACUACGUGGUGACAGACCAUGGCUCCUGUGUUCGCUCGUGCAACACGGAUACUUACGAAGUGGAAGAAAAUGGCGUUCGGAAGUGCAAAAAGUGUGAUGGACUAUGCAGCAAAGUGUGCAAUGGCAUUGGAAUAGGUGAACUUAAAGGGAUCCUCUCCAUAAAUGCCACAAAUAUUGACUCCUUCAAAAACUGUACAAAGAUCAAUGGGGACGUCAGCAUUCUGCCAGUUGCGUUUCUAGGUGAUGCCUUCACGAAGACCCUACCCUUGGACCCCAAGAAGUUGGAUGUCUUCAAAACAGUCAAAGAAAUAUCAGGAUUUUUGUUGAUUCAGGCCUGGCCCGAUAAUGCUACUGAUCUCUAUGCUUUCGAAAAUCUGGAGAUUAUACGAGGCAGAACCAAGCAACAUGGCCAGUAUUCCCUUGCUGUUGUUAACCUGAAAAUACAGUCCUUAGGGCUGCGCUCCCUCAAGGAAAUAAGCGAUGGAGAUGUUGCCAUUAUGAAGAACAAGAACCUCUGCUACGCUGACACCAUGGACUGGCACAGCCUGUUUGCAACUCAGAGCCAGAAAACAAAGAUUAUACAGAACAGAAAUAAAAAUGAGUGUGCUGCUGCCAGGCAUGUUUGUGACCCCCUGUGCUCAGAUGUGGGCUGCUGGGGCCCAGGACCCUUCCACUGCUUCUCCUGCAGGUUUUUUGAUCGCCAGAAGGAGUGUGUGAAACAGUGCAACAUCCUGCAAGGGGAGCCGAGAGAGUUUGAAAGGGACUCCAAGUGCCUCCCCUGCCACCCCGAGUGCCUGGUGCAAAACUCCACUGCGUACAACGCAACCUGCACCGGACCUGGCCCUGACAACUGCAUGAAGUGUGCCCAUUUUAUAGACGGCCCCCACUGCGUGAAAUCCUGCCCGGCGGGGGUUCUGGGCGAGAACGACACCCUUGUCUGGAAAUACGCCGAUGGGAAUGCUGUUUGCCAGCUCUGCCAUCCAAACUGCACCCGGGGGUGCAAAGGGCCAGGUCUUGAAGGCUGUCCAAACGGCUCCAAAAUCCCGUCCAUCGCAGCUGGCGUUGUCGGAGGUCUCCUGUGCCUGGUGGUGGUCAGUUUGGGCAUCGGCCUUUAUUUGCGGAGGCGCCACAUUGUCCGAAAGCGGACCCUGCGCCGGCUGCUGCAGGAGAGGGAGCUUGUCGAGCCACUGACACCCAGUGGGGAGGCACCAAACCAGGCUCAUCUGAGAAUUUUAAAGGAAACCGAAUUUAAAAAGGUCAAAGUUUUAGGCUCUGGAGCUUUUGGCACUGUUUAUAAGGGACUUUGGAUCCCAGAAGGGGAGAAGGUUAAAAUUCCUGUCGCUAUCAAAGAGUUGAGAGAGGCUACGUCACCAAAAGCCAACAAGGAAAUACUUGAUGAAGCUUAUGUGAUGGCUAGUGUUGACAAUCCUCAUGUGUGCCGCUUGUUGGGAAUCUGCCUCACGUCUACCGUUCAGCUCAUCACACAGCUGAUGCCUUACGGCUGCCUCCUGGAUUACAUCCGAGAGCACAAGGACAACAUCGGCUCCCAGUACCUUCUCAACUGGUGUGUACAGAUUGCCAAGGGAAUGAACUACCUGGAGGAGCGUCGCCUGGUGCACCGUGACCUCGCUGCCAGGAACGUCCUCGUUAAGACUCCUCAGCACGUGAAAAUCACAGACUUUGGGCUGGCAAAGCUGCUGGGCGCCGACGAGAAGGAGUAUCACGCCGAGGGGGGCAAGGUUCCGAUUAAAUGGAUGGCCUUGGAGUCAAUUUUACACCGGAUUUACACGCAUCAAAGUGAUGUCUGGAGUUACGGUGUGACGGUUUGGGAGCUGAUGACAUUUGGGUCCAAGCCAUACGACGGGAUCCCCGCCAGUGAAAUUUCCUCUGUCUUGGAGAAGGGUGAACGUUUGCCCCAGCCCCCCAUCUGUACCAUCGAUGUGUACAUGAUCAUGGUCAAAUGCUGGAUGAUCGAUGCCGACAGCCGUCCCAAGUUUCGCGAACUGAUAGCGGAGUUCUCGAAGAUGGCCCGCGACCCCCCACGCUAUCUCGUUAUACAGGGAGACGAUAGGAUGCACCUGCCCAGCCCUACGGACUCCAAGUUUUAUCGCACCCUGAUGGAGGAGGAGGACAUGGAAGAUAUAGUGGACGCGGAUGAGUAUCUCGUGCCACACCAGGGCUUCUUCAACAGCCCCUCCACAUCCCGCACCCCUCUCUUGAGUUCACUGAGUGCUACUAGCAACAAUUCUGCUACAACCUGUAUUGACAGGAACGGGCAGGGGCACCCUGUGAGGGAGGACAGCUUUGUCCAGAGGUAUAGCUCAGACCCAACGGGCGCGUUCUUGGAGGACAGCAUAGAUGACGGCUUCCUGCCAGCCCCGGAGUACGUAAACCAGUUGGUGCCCAAGAAAGCAUCUGCCUCAGCGGUCCAGAAUCCAAUCUACAACAACUUCUCACUCACAGCAAACUCAAAGGUCCCCACGGACUCCAGCUACCAGAAUUCACACAGCACAGCGGUGGACAACCCCGAGUAUCUCAACACCAACCAGUCUCCGCUGGCCAAGACAGUCUUCGAGAGCUCUCCUUACUGGAUCCAGGCAGGCAACCACCAAAUAAAUCUGGACAAUCCUGACUACCAGCAGGACUUCUUACCGAAGGAAACCAAACCUAACGGUCUCUUGAAAGUUCCUGCGGCAGAGAACCCAGAGUAUUUAAGGGUAGCAGCACCAAAAAGCGAAUACAUUGAAGCCUCGGCAUGA